UCGUAGUAAGUCUCAAACUUGCAUAUGGACUAGGUAAUUUUAUUUGUUGUACUUGUACUUUGUGCUUUUUCGUCCUUGUGUUUGUGUAAUGACGGCCACCUUUAUCUCUUUUUGUCUUGUGUAUCCAGAUUGUUUUUCUUUUUAUAUUUAUGAUCCGUUACUUACUCCAUUCUCACCCUUAUUCAGUCUCAUCAUUGUUCCACGCCUUUUAGUUGCCGUAUCAUCGCAUCAAUCUCGCUCUUCCUCUCAUCUCUUCAAUCAAUAUCCCAAUCCUCCCCGUAACAUAACCCGUUCAUCCAGAUGCUCGGCCGAAUUUUCUAUCCCGCUCUUCUUCCUCGCCCUCCGCUUUCCUCCCCUCCAUCUUCUUCCUCCUCUCUUAUUUCAUCCACAAAAACCCAAAAAUUCACAACAAGUCAAAUAGCAACAAUUCUCCUAACUCUUUCUACAAUCUCCUCUCUCCUGCUCAGUUCCACAUAUCUACCGCUUAUCGAAAGGUACAUAUGUAAUACUUAUACGCCUUCUUCCUCCUCUAUCCCCUCUUUGCCGACCGCCUCAACCAAAUAUUUAGGAGGAGAAGAACAAUGUAGAUCCUCAGUCCUGCAAGUCCGAACAGCGGAGAUCAAUAGAACUUUCCAAUUUUUAUGUUAUUUACCAGGGAUUCUUUUGACGGAGUUUUGGGGGUGGAUUGCUGGUAGAUAUUGGGCAAGUGGAAAGCAGUUGCCAUGGCAGUCCCCAUUGCAUGGGAGGAAAUUGGUAGUUAUGAUGGCUGCAGGAAGUAGUGUGGUUGCCGGGUGUUGGUGGGGUUUUAUUUGUGAGUUCUUUUAUCUGGUUUCUUUUUACAUGCGGCAGUGGGAGCGGAACAAGGAAGAGAAGCUAAAAAAAAAUGUGAUUUAAAUAGGUUGGAACUCUGAUACAUGGGAUAUUAGAUGGAUAUAUAUCAUUCCUCUUUUUGAUCUGUUCGGUGGGGGGCACGUGAUUAUGACGAGCUUGCUGUAUACUUACGUCAGUGAAGGGGUGACGGGUGAGAGUAACGAUAGAAAUGGAAAGUUGUAAGUCUUGCCCUUGACUUAUCUCACGAAGUCUUCAUGCAAAUAUCGCUUUCUUUAAGGUCUCAUAGAUGUCUGAGCUAUUCCUCUCUUUUACCGAAUUUCUGACAGUUAAACCCAAGGUCCUCAACACUCUAUCGCCUGGUUUCUCUACAGCUCUUUAGCAGUUUCAAAGCCCUUUUGCUAGCAGACUUCUUGUUGAAGUAUGAAUGGGGCAUUUGGGUUAUUUGUGCACUUGCGAUUGGAUGUAGGGCUAUUGCUGUGGGAUUGACGACGUUUUUACCUUCUAGAAAAGUUAUCGACUCAUUUACUGACAUAGGACGUGACGGAGGAAAUGCUGAUGCGGAAAGGGAACGAUACAGAGAUUUCAUUUCGAGCUCAGAAGACAACGGCUCAGUCGCUUCAAUAAAAUCAAGACACCCUGACACCUCAUUUUCAUUAUCUAUCAAUACAAAUCACAUGCCACCACCACCACCACCACCACCACCACAACCACACCAUGAAUUUAAAACUUUACUUCUACUAUUUCUCUUCUUCCUGGUCACUCUCUCACUCAGAAUUCAUAUUUUCUAUCCACAAUUCACAAAUCUCUCGCAAGAUCUUUCACACGAUAUUACUACCACUAUUUAUAGUUUUUGUCUGUUGGGCGCUAGUAUCUUACUGUACAUCCUUCCCCAAAUUCAAGAAUACACGCAACGGAAAAGGAAUUUAUGGAUGAUAUUCAUGGGCAAUCAAGAAAACGAGGAUCCAGAUCGCAGGAUCCAGAGCCAAGUCGAGGGGAUAGAAGGUAUAGAAAGGAAGGGGGGAAACGAUCUUAACAUUCUAAGAUGGUGUUUAAUAGCUAAUAUAACGAGUUUAAUACUCUUAGCACUUCCUACGACGAAAGGAGUGGUGUUUUGGAUGGCGGUCGGAGCGAGUGUGGCUGGUAGUCCGGUACAAGUUGCUUUGAUGGCUUUGGGGACUGGGUUACUUUCUAGUCGGGGAAGUUCGACUAGUUCAAACGUUUUUAGUGAUGAGGCUUGUGGGAGGGAGGGGGAUUUUUUAUCUACUCGGAGAGUUUUGGGAGAUGUCGAUGCGGGCGUAGAUUCCGAAGUGGGUGCAAUCAAUGUGAAUGGAAAAGGAAAAGGGGAAGGAAGAUCCGAGAUGGAAAAGCUUUAUGUGAGGAUGGGGAUGAUAGAACAGGUGGGAGCUUGUUUGGCGACGGGAGUAUGGACUUUAGGGUUUCCGAUGGGAAUUGGUGGAAAUGACGAUGGAAAUUACGGAACAGACGAUGGACUUGUGGACUUUGAGAAUUGGGAAUUUUUGGGGUGGAUGGGUAAGAGGGGUGGGGUUUUAUUGGCGGCUGGGUUAAUAGGUUCGGGGUUUGUGGUUUUGCGGAGGUUAGAAGGGAGGAAGAAUGCGAACGGAGAUGAAGAGGGGAGGAUUAUGCUUCUUUGAAAACGGGCAAUGAUUAAUGCAUAAUGAGGUUUUACAACGCUGGGUUGAGGAUGUUUGUUUUUUCUUAGGGGCGAUUAAACUUUUGAUGACCAUGGCUAGAUAGCUACAGAAAGAGAAACGAAUAGGAAUGAGGAAGGCAGGAUCACACUUUGCUAAAACUUGGGGCCAGAGGGGGGCUUAACCAAUA